GACCAUGGCGACUCCCGAUGCUGCCUUCGAGGCCCUUAUGAAUGGAGUGACAAGCUGGGAUGUCCCCAAAGGCCCCAUCCCGUGUGAACUCCUUCUUAUUGGAGAGGCCGCCUUCCCAGUGAUGGUGAAUGAUAAGGGCCAGGUCCUCAUAGCUGCGUCCUCCUAUGGCCGAGGCCGCCUGGUGGUGCUGCCCCAUGAAGGCUACCUGCUGGACGCCAGCUUGGCUCCAUUUCUUCUCAACGCGGUGGCCUGGCUCGGUCCCUCACGUGAGGCUCCUGUUGGUGUACACCACUCCCUGGAGCGACUCGUAGGCACCCUGCAGGGCUUUAGGGUUGAGGCACAGAUUCAGCCACAACCGGGAGACCCCCAGGGGGUUUACUGCAUCAGCGCCCACUCAGACACCCUGACUGCAGAGCUGAUCCAGUUUGUGAAACGUGGAGGAGGCUUGCUCAUCGGGGGCCAGGCCUGGUUUUGGGCCAGUAAGCACGGUCGUGACAAGGUGCUGUCCAGGUUCCCCGGGAACCGGGUGACCAGUGUGGCCGGUGUAUACUUCACCGACACCUAUGGGGACAGAGGCCAGUUCAAGGUCUCUAAGAAGGUGCCUAAGAUCCCGCUCCAGGUCAGGUAUGGAGAGGACCUCAGGCAGGACCAGCAGCAACUCCUGGAAGGGAUCUCAGAGCUGGACAUCAAGACGGGAGGAAUCCCCUCGCAGCUGCUGGUUCACGGGGCCCUGGCCUUCCCUCUGGGGUUAGAUGCCAAGCUAGGCUGCUUCCUAGCCGCUGCCCGCUAUGGCCGGGGCCGUGUUGUCCUGGCUGCCCACGAGGCCAUGCUCUUUGCUCCCAAGAUGGGGCCGUUUUUGCUCAAUGCUGUGCGCUGGUUGGCUCAAGGCCAGACGGGCAAAGUGGGGGUGAACCCACACCUAAAAUCCCUUUGUGCCCUACUGUCGGAGAGUGGCCUGGAAUGCAGUCUGGCACCCCAUCUGACCGAUGGCUUGUCUGUGUACUGCUGUAUGGCUUACAGUGACAAGGAAGCCAAGCAGCUGCACGAGUUCGUGGCCGAGGGAGGGGGCUUGCUGAUCGGGGGCCAGGCCUGGUCGUGGGCCUCCCAGAACCCAGGCCGCUCAGCGUUGGCUAGUUUCCCUGGUAACAUCAUCCUCAAUGGCUUUGGCCUCAGCAUCCUCCCUAGGACCCUUGCCCAGGGCUCUUUCCCGGUCCCCACCCCUGAUAUGCGGAGCUACCACUUCCGCAAGGCGCUGUCUGAAUUCGAGGCUGUCCUGAACCAGGGGGGCGGAAGCUUGGAAAAGAGCUGGCUGGCAAAACUAGGAGAGGAUGGUGCUGCCUUCCUGCAGAUCCCUGCGGAGGGGAUCCCCGCUUACAUAUCCCUGCACCGGCUCCUGAGGAAGAUGCUGCAGUCGUCAGGCCUCCCAGCCGUGAGCCGGGAAAACCCGGUGGCCAGUGACUCCUGUGAGGCCGCAGUGCUCUGCCUGGCCACGGAGCUGGCGCGCUCUGGGACCGACUGCUCCCAGCUGGCACAGGGGCCGGGAAACUGCGCCUGCCACUCCGAAUCCCCCAUCACUGUGGCGGUAGAUGGAAACAAUCCAGGCAACGAUGAGUGCUGGGUGAGCACUGGGCUGUACCUCCUAAACGGACAAAACGCAGAGGUCUCGCUGUCUGAAGCUGCCACCUGUGCCGGCCUGAAGGUACAGGUUGGCUGCCACACCGAUGACCUGACCAAGGCCAGCAAGCUGUCUCGAGCCCCUGUAGUGACUCACCAGUGCUGUAUGGACAGGACCAAACGGUCGGUAUCCUGUCUCUGGGGUGGCCUGCUCUACGUCAUCGUGCCCAAGGGCAGCACACUGGGCCCCAUGUCCAUCACCAUCAAGAGGGCUGUGCCUGCCCCGUACUACAAGCUGGGUAAGACAUCCCUGGAGGAGUGGAAGAGGAGUGUCCAGGAAAGCCCAGCUCCCUGGGGAGAGCUAGCAACGGACAACAUCAUCUUGACGGUGCCAACCGCGAACCUGCAGGGUCUGGGGGACCCCGAGCCCGUGCUCCGGCUCUGGGACGAGAUGAUGCAGGCUAUAGCUAGACUGGCAGCCCAGCCUUUCCCGUUCCUCCGUCCCGAGAGGAUUGUUGCUGACGUGCAGAUCUCAGCUGGCUGGAUGCACUCAGGGUACCCCAUCAUGUGCCACCUGGAGUCCGUGCAGGAGCUCAUCAAUGAGAUCAGCAUGAGAAGCAGUGGAUUGUGGGGACCCAUCCACGAGCUGGGUCAUAACCAGCAGCGGCACGGGUGGGAAUUCCCCCCACACACCACUGAAGCCACGUGCAACCUGUGGUCCGUCUAUGUGCAUGAGACAGUCCUGGGCAUCCCCAGGGCUCAGGCCCACCCUGCUCUGAGCCCGCCAAAACGAGAGCAGAGAAUCAAAGAGCACCUAGAGAAGGGAGCCCCCCUGUGUAACUGGAACAUGUGGACAGCUCUGGAAACAUAUCUGCAGCUCCAGGAGGCCUUUGGGUGGGAGCCAUUCACCCAGCUCUUUGCUGAGUACCAGACGCUCUCUGGCAUCCCCAAAGACAACGCUGGCAAGAUGAAUCUGUGGGUGAAGAAGUUCUCCGAAAAAGUGCAGAAGAAUCUAGUUCCUUUCUUUGAGGCCUGGGGCUGGCCUGUCCAGAAGGAAGUGGCUGAUAGCCUGGCCUAUCUGCCUCAGUGGCAGGAAAACCCCAUACAGGUUCAUGUCCACACGAAGUAAAGCUGUGCAGAGUCGAUGGGAGGAAAGCAGGGCCCCUCGCCCGCUGUACCACCCGUGUGUCUGGCCCCGUGUACCUUGAGCCUGAAUCCUAUUUCCUACCCUACCGUCAGGUCCUUAAGACAAAAUGAUUAAGUCCUUAAGACAAAAUGAAACCAACUUUCUCUGGAAAAUGCCCGGUGUUUCUUUGUAUUGUCACUUGGCCCAUGCUAUAGCUCUCACCAAGAGACUUGCUUUAUCAUCCUCAUCAGUUAGUAGGAGAUUUUCCGUCUUGGCAUAUUUGAGGUCCUGCAGGACUCUUGGCUUCUAGCUUUGACCAACGGUUCUAAAGACCAUGGGUCAUGGAUUACCAUAAUAAUCUGACGUCACUCCCUCGCCCCUGCCAGCCCUGAACAAGGCUCUUCAUGUCUUACGUUCUGAGAAGUUUUCUAAUAGCAAGACAGGCAGGCUGGUACAGUGGAGAGAACCCUGAAUGAGCUCUGGUUCUAUGGAAAGCCACUUAACGCCUCCGUGCUCCUGCAUUCUUGUCCAUGACGUGGGGGUAAAAAUCUGUGGCUUGAUAAUGGUGAAGGUGUUGGUACACACAACCCGUGAGGGUACUCUUGGUCCAUGCCUAACAAGACUAUAAUACGGGGAAAGACCGGAAUGGAUUACCAGCUGCUGUACCUGUUUGCUGUCUUUAAAAGACCUUUGUUAUUUAUCCCUAUUCAGGAGAAUACUUUCAUUAUUCCAGAGAGAAACUUUAGGGUGAUUACAACCAUUCUUUUAUUUUUAUCAACUGAAUAUAGGCUACCUGAGUGAGAGUAAAUUCCCCAUUAAUACCCUUUUCCUCCUUUUCCAAGAACUAAGGUCAGAGAACACCACAAGGUAUUUUCAAGAGUUUCUUCUGUACUUUUGGUGGAAAAAAAAAAUUACCUAAUCAAAUUUUCAGUUACUGAAAUUUCUUGGGCCGUAUUUCUACUAUAUCUCUAUGACGAUUCCUUUCCUCUAUUAAUUACCAUUUCCAACCAAAGUUUAC